CAACAAAGGGCCGCGUGCGUCGCUGCGCUUCUGGACGCCGGCGCCGAUCCGAACUUGCGACCGUGGGGUAGCGAUCCAGACACGCCCCUGAUCGAAGCGGCCUUGCAUGGCUUUCCUGACAUCGUGCGAUUGCUUUUGGCGCACGGCGCGGACGUCGGCUUCGCACAGAAACACGGUAACUCAGUGCUUCACGCGGUUCUAUUCACGCGGCCGAAUGUUCUAGAACGCGACCAGGCAGAAUGUGUUAGAUUGCUGAUUGCGGGUGGUGCGGACGUGCACGCAAAAAGAAUUAACCAAAAUCAUGGGCUGCCUGGGCCCACGCCCUUCGACGAUGCGCUCUAUUACCACCGUAGAUGGCUUUUCCCCAUCUUCCUGAGGGCCGGCGCUUCU